GCGACCGGCUACCCCUUGUUGCCACAUACUCCCUCCAGCCGGCGCGUAUCUGGUAUCCUGAAGAUGGCAGUUGCUCGAGAAAAGGAAUUAAUUUGAUGUAUUUAUCCGCACGCAUGGCAUUUUGAAUGUGCUCUACGACAACUAUUCCAUAUUUGCUAAUAUGAGGAAAUGGGUGGGCGUGAGGAAAAUGGAGUAGAGCCGUCCAAAAGGCCUAUUUUGCUCCCACUAACAGAUGGCUUAAUGAGACCAAGACUCUGAGGACAAUCUGCAUCAUGGCCAGGAUCAGCUUGUCGUGCCUUUUCCCAGCUUCCUGGCAUUUCAGCCUGUCGUUCCAGAUGCUUCCCCGCCUCUUGCUCCCUUCAUUCAGGCAGCUGUUCCUCUUCGGCCUGCUCCUCUUCCUACUUGGAACCCUUUACCUGUUUCUUGUCAUUGGGAAGUUGCCUACCAGCUGGAUCACGAAGGAAAACCACUUCCACAGGCACCUGGCCCGGGUGACCGAUGUGGACGCGACAGAUACCAGCAACCCCCACCUAAACUACGGGCUGGUUGUGGAUUGCGGCAGCAGCGGCUCCCGGGUGUACGUGUACUGCUGGCCCAGGCACAACGGCAAUCCCCUCGAACUCCUGGAUAUUCGGCAAAUGAGAGAUCAAAACCGGAAGUCCGUGGUGAUGAAGAUCAAGCCAGGAAUAUCUGAGCUGGCUACAACACCAGAGAAGGCCAGCGACUACAUCCAUCCCCUGCUGAGCUUUGCAGCUGAACAUGUUCCCAAAAACAAGCACAUAGAAACCCCGCUCUACAUUCUAUGCACAGCUGGAAUGAGAAUUCUGCCUGUCAGUCAGCAGGAGGCUAUACUGGAAGAUCUUCGAACAGACAUCCCGGUCCACUUCAACUUCCUUUUCUCAGAUUCUCAUGUAGAAGUGAUUUCGGGAAAACAGGAAGGUGUCUAUGCAUGGAUCGGCAUAAACUUUGUCCUAGGAAGGUUUAACCAUGCACUCGAUGACGGAGAGGCGGUGGUGGAGAUUAAUGUCCCGAGCAGUGACCAGGAGGAGGCGCUGGUGAGAAAAAGGACUGCAGGUGUUUUGGACAUGGGCGGAGUUUCCACACAGAUCGCAUUUGAAUUGCCCAAAACUGUCAGCUUCACCUCUCCACAGCAGGAGGAAGCAGCCAAAAACUUACUGGCAGAGUUUAAUUUGGGGUGUGACGCCCAUCGCACCGACCACGUGUACCGUGUGUAUGUCUCUACCUUCCUGGAUUUUGGAGGAAACGCGGCGCACAGAAGAUACACGGAGAGCCUUAUGGGAAACACCGGACUCCGAAAUAAGGUGUUAGGUCAGCACGUUGGGGAGACGGCAGAGUCCCCCCUCCUGGACCCGUGUCUCCCUGCGGACCUGGAUGACGAGAUCAGUUGGUCUUCACAGAUGCUCCACCUGCGAGGCACUGGGGACUUUGACCAAUGCAGACGGGUUCUACAGCCUCUCCUCAACCGCACAAACGAGAACCAAACCUCCCUGAGCGGCGUCUACCAGCCAACCGUCGACUUCGGCAACAGCCAGUUCUUUGGUUUCUCUGAGUUCUACUACUGCACCGAGGACGUUCUACGCAUGGGCGGAGACUAUAAUGCUUCCAAGUAUGCUCAAGCUGCCAAGACUUACUGCGCCACUCCGUGGAAGACUCUGAGGGAACGCUUCGAUUCCGGCUUGUACGCCUCCCACGCUGACCUGCACAGACUCAAGAACCAGUGUUUCAAAUCCGCAUGGAUGUAUGAAGUGUUACACUCAGGUUUCUCCUUCCCCACCGACUACAAAAACCUGAAAACUGCAUCUUCGGUCUACGAUAAGGAGGUCCAGUGGACUCUCGGAGCUAUUCUCUUCCGAACACGUUUUCUGCCUUUGAGGGACAUCCAACAAGAAAGUCUGAAAGGGGUGCACUAUCAAUGGCGGCACAGCUUCUCCUUCAACAACCACUACUUACUCCUGGUCUGCGUCUUCAUCGUCCUCCUCUCCAUCGUGCUCUACUUACUGCGACUUCGCCGAAUACACCGGCGUCCCCCACAGCGCUGCUCGCCUUCGUCCGUGCCGUGGCUGGAGGGCGGCUUCGGAUCGCCGACGCUCCCCAUCAUUCUCUAAACCAGUGGUUCCCAAACUUUUUUUCACCAGGUACCACCUCAGAACACACUUGGCUCUCCAAGUACCGCUAUCAUCACAUACGUUAAAAUACAGUAGCGUAGUAGGCCUAAGUAUCCAUUAAAACAAAGCAGAGGUUUCAUUUAACAAGUAUAUUGAUGGUAUUUUCCGGACUAUAAGCCGUACCCACUACAUUUUAGAAGAAAAAAUAUGUUUCCAUAUAUUAGCCGCACUGGACUACAAGUAUAAACGUUGUGAAAUGAGUUAUUUACACAGAAAUGUUUUGUAAAUGUAAAUUGUUUUCAAACGGUGUCUGUAACACGGCAGUAAAACGGCUGAUCAAACAAAACCGAAGUCAUCAUCAUGGACCCACUAGCUGCGCAAUCUAGCUUUCCAAUCAGCUAAACAGACUUAGUAACUCCACGGUGACGUUUUGGUGAAUUUACUGAGGAAUUUGUGAAACUGAAACAAUACAAAAAGAACGCCAUUGUAAGUUAAUAAUACCAACACAGACACUCGUAAACGUGUUAGCGUAUUAGCUAAUGCCAACGACGCUUGCAUCCUUACAUAAAGAUAGCACGUACAAAUACGCAUGAAGACUCUCCUACAGACAUUUAGUAAGUAUAAACAAUUUUUGUUAUAUUGUUAAAACUAGAAACGUUGUGUGGAGUGAUGAAUUAGGAAUACGUACGAGUAGAAACGGUACGGAUGGCUAUAAGACGGAAGGGUACAUCCGGUUCAUAGCUUUAAACAACAGGAAACACUGUGUAGACGUUCACUCAACAGCACCUGCAGUGAUCGACCUCUUCCAAAAGAUGGCGCCAUAGCACAAACAAUAACACACCAUGUCAACGUAUUUGCGUGGGUUUUCUAAAAAGUAUCUGUAAUGAAGAAAAAUCUGUCUAUUAGCCGCAGAGUGCAAAGCGUAGGAAAAAAGUAGCGGCUCAUAGUCCGGAAUUUACAGUCGCACUUUGGCCACUGUAACAUCACUCGCAGUUUGAACGGUAACACUGUGUCUGAAUGUCAAAUUGGUUCUUUGGCGUACCACCACAGGUUGAGACUCACUGCUCUCCACUUCACCUCCACGUCGCAAUCUUCAAGAGUCUUCUACACAAAUGUGAACGAGGGAUCUCGGGCAGAAGGUCUGUUUGACUUUUUUUUGCUAAUUUUCCCAUAAAAGAGCAACUUUCUACAAAAGUUGUCCAUAUUACGUUUGUAGGCGUCUUUUCUGACGUGGGCAUUCACCUCCUGCUUUUUCAGGAGCACCUUUUUUUUUUAAAGCUGCAAAUGAGCACUUGUCCUUUCUACAUGCACCACAGGACGUCAUGAUAAUAAUAAUAAUGCUGGUACUGUUUAUGUUCUGAUCAUAUAUUGUGCAAUACCUGUCUUGUCACUGGACUCCUCGGUCUGGACUGCCAUUCUCACUCACACACUUUUUUGUCCUCUUGCCAAGCAUCGGGUGCUUGUGCGACUUUACAAUGUGCUUCGUUUUCGGAAGCGUGUGUGUGUGUGAGUGUGAGUGUGUGUGUGUGUUGUAUUUCUACCCUUCUUGAGACAUCAACAAGGAAAAGUACCUUCCAUAUGAGGACCGGUGAACAAGUUAGGACAUAAAUCAUGGUCCCAAUACGGAAAACCAUUGCAUCUAAUAGAGAGCCAAAUACUAGAGUCCGUGAACAUUGCUCCAAAGUCAGGAUUAUUGGUUGAUUUAAAGGCCUACUGAAACCCACUACUACCGACCACGCAGUCUGAUAGUUUAUAUAUCAAUGAUGAAAUAUCAACAUUGCAACACAUGCCAAUACGGCCGGGUUAACUUAUAAAGUGACAUUUAAAAUUUCCCGGGAAAUAUCCGGCUGAAACGUCGCGGUAUGAUGACGUAUGCGCGUGACGUAGUCAGUUUAACGGAAGUUAUGGUACCCCGUAGAAUCCUAUACAAAAAGCUCUGUUUUCAUUUCAUAAUUCCACAGUAUUCUGGACAUCUUUUGCAAUUUGUUUAAUGAACAAUGAAGGCUGCAAAGAAGACAGUUGUAGGUUGGAUCGGUGUAUUAGCAGCAGACUACAGCAACACAACCAGGAGGACUUUGUUGGAGAGCAGAAGCGCUAGCCGGCGACCUCACCUUGACUUCCUACGUCUCCGUGCCGCCAAACGCAUCGGGUGAAGUCCUUCGUCCUUCCGCCGAUCGCUGGAACGCAGGUGAGCACGGGUGUUGAGCAGAUGAGGGCUGGCUGGCGUAGGUGGAGAGCUAAUGUUUUUAGCAUAGCUCUGUGCGGUCCGGUUGCUAAGUAGGCUUCAAUGGCGUCGUUAGCACAGCAUUGUUAACCUUCGCCAGCCUGGAAAGCAUUAACCGUGUAUUUACAUGUCCACGGUUUAAUAGUAUUGUUGAUUUUCUAUCUAUCCUUCCAGUCAGGGGUUUAUUUUUUUUGUUUCUAUAUGCAGUAAAAGCACGAUGCUAUCACGUUAGCUCGUAGCUAAAGCGUUUCGCCGAUGUAUUGUCGUGGAGAUAAAAGGCACUGAAUGUCCAUUUCGCGUUCUCGACUCUCAUUUUCAAGAGGAUAUAGUAUCCGAGGUGGUUUAAAAUACAAAUCCGUGAUCCACAAUAGAAAAAGGAGAGAGUGUGGAAUCCAAUGAGCCAGCUUGUACCUAAGUUACGGUCAGAGCGAAAAAAAAUAUGUAUUUCACUGCAUUCUAGUCCGUCACUCUAACAUUCCUCGUCCACGAAUCUUUCAUCCUCGCUCAAAUUAUUGGGGUAAUGGUCCGAAUCGCUCUAGCUGCGUUGAAAACAAUAGGAAAAUAUGAGGGAGUGAACAACUGACAACGUCACGCAACGUAGGGGCAAGGCUUUUUUUUAUCAGAGACCAAAAGUUGCGAACUUUAUCGACGUUCUAUACUAAAUCCUUUCAGCAAAAAUAUGGCAAUAUCGCAAAAUGAUCAAGUAUGACACAUAGAAUGGAUCUGCUAUUCCCGUUUAAAUAAAAAAAUGUCAUUUCAGUAGGCCUUUAAUGUGCAUACAAAAGUAAACAUUGACAGGUGCAAAGGCAGCAAUAUAUGAUAAAACAAGAGGGCAGAUAAAGAAAGACUUCCCUAUUCAUCCACGAAACAACCCGCCAGGUGAACAGCUGAUUUUACCACUUCUGGUGCUGACGUAAGACAACCCGCGUCCCAUAUGUGACCAUUGGAUGAACAAAUACACUACGAUACUAAGACUAUAGUGGCCAUUAACAGUUAGCGUCUACAGCUGGGUUGCCCAAAGUGCGGAACAGGGGCCAUCUGUGGUCCGUGACUCCUUUGUCAUCGGCCUUAAGCACAUUACAAAUAACAAAAAAUAGAGAUCUCAUUUGCACUCAUUUAGUGGUGAAAUCUAUCAAAAUGAGGGUGGUCCCAAAAAGGAGGGAUUUUUUAAAUUGACUGUGUCGCUUUUAAAAGUACUCCCCCUUUGGUCAACACAUGAAAUAACAAGUGUGUAAAAAGUUGAAGUGCUCCCCCUCUGGCCAACAUAUGUAAUAACAAGUGUGUGUAAGAAAUUGAAAUGCCCCCCUUUGGCCAAAAUUUAUUUAAAAAAUGUA